AUGUCGGACACUUCACCCAGUAAAACUCCUCAGCCUUACCAGCCAAAUGUGAGAAGACGGGGCGCAGGACCCGGCAGCGAGGUAGACGAAGCAGAGUCCGAUGCCGGCAGCCAAGAAGUCGCUGAGCUCAAUAGAAGGUAUCCUGCCUUACGUAGAAAUGUCGAAGUUGUACAGCGAGCGCCAUCACACCCACGGCCGCCAGCAGACCGAGUGACUCACCCACGCGCAUUUCAACCUUGGAGUCCAACAACAGGAGAAACUGUCCCCCGAACAUCGGCAAGAGGUGCGGACCACAGCCCAAUCCUCCGCAACGAGGUCCGUCGCUCCCCACGGCCAGCAAUACCCCCGAUUCCCACCCGACCUGAUCGGCCUGAUCGGCCUCACCAACCGAACUCUCCAGAACCCCAUCCCCAUUAUAGGAUAGUUCCCGAGCCACCACGGGUCAUAGUGGGUCUGUCCGCGGCGCCGAACGCGGGAUGGCUUCCUAAUACCGUGGUGAGCGGAGCUGCUCCGCAAUUUGCGAUGGGGUGGGGCGGUCCACAGGCACAUCCGCUGACUACGGAUUUGCCGGCUGAGGAUUGGGCAGCCAGAGCACCGGCUACCACAACUGCGCCGCCGCCGCCUCCGCCGCCGCCUCCUCCGGAGGCGCAGGGGUUGAGAGAGAUUCACUUUCAGAGACAGGGACAGAGAGACAGGGAGAGAUAG